CCUAAUUGCUGGUAUAACAGUUGGCUUGACGGGCGGAAUUCUGGGUUGCAAAACAUUCCACAGAGGAGAAUCGCCUGAUAGUCACCCGACGAAGGUCCAAGUCGCUCGCGAGGCGUGAUAAAUUCCGUGGCGAAGUGCCUCACUGUCCAUUAGUCAUCGUGAAUCUGUGUCUGGGUGCGCUUGUGUCUCGCGGGAGUGUCGCAAAGGUUGCUAGUGUGACAUCGAGUGAUUUCCUGGAAAGCUGAGUGACGACAUGCCCUGGCCAGCGAGACGCCGUCUGUGCCUGUGAACUCACGCGCUCAUCUGCUGAUCCGGGGGCUAUGACUUUGGACGGUGGCUGGAGCGAAGGCCAAUCGAACCGGGAACCCUCAACGCCCCAUUUGCGCCAAUGUCUCCGCUCGCGUACACGCUGUACGGCUUCGCGCUGGUAUUCUUUGUCUUCUGGUGCGGUAAGUGGUUGGUGCACCUGAUGGCCAUCACUUAUGGCAAGUGGAAGCUCCACCGGAAGACGAAUCUGCAGCCACGCGAGACGCCUCCGGCGCCCGUGUCCAUUCUCAAGCCCCUCAUGGGCGUGGAUCCCAAUCUCUCCACUAACCUGGAGACCUUCUUCACUAUGAACUACCCCGCAUACGAGCUGCUCUUCUGCAUCGAGGAUACCCACGAUCCCGCCAUCCCUCUCGUGGAGCAACUCAUGGCCAAGUAUCCAGCCGUGGAGGCGCGAAUCUUCACCGGGGGCACGCGCGUGGGCGUCAACCCCAAAAUCAACAACAUGUAUCCUGGCUUCGUGGCGGCGCGCCACGAGCUCAUCCUCAUCAGUGACAGCGGCAUCAGGAUGAAGGAAGACACGCUUCUGGAUAUGGUGGAUCACAUGGUGGACGGCGUGGGUCUGGUGCAUCAGAUGCCCUUCACGUGCGACCGCGAGGGCUUUGCCGCCACGUUCGAGAAGAUCUACUUCGGCACAGUGCAGGCGCGCAUCUACCUCUGCGCCGACCUGUUGGGCAUCGUCUGCCACACGGGCAUGUCGUGCCUGGUGCGCCGGCACAUUCUGGAGGAGGUGGGCGGGCUGGCGCACUUCGGGCGCUACCUGGCCGAGGACUUCUUCAUCGCCAAGGCCGUGACGGACGCCGGCUGGCGUCUGACGGUGAGCAGCCAGCCGGCGUGGCAGAACUCGGGUGUCUGUGAUAUCGGCAGCUUUCAAGCGCGCCUCACGCGCUGGGCCAAGCUCCGCGUGGCCAUGGUGCCCACCACGAUUCUCCUGGAGCCACUGUCUGAGUGCCUGGUGGUGGGCGCGUUCGCCUCCUGGGCCGCCUCGGUGCUCUUCCGCUGGGACUCCCUCGUGUUCUACCUGGUGCACAUCCUCGUGUGGUUCCUCUGCGACUGGCUGCUGCUCUCCAUCGUGCAGAAUGGCUCUCUGCCCUUCAGCAAGAUCGACUUCGUCGUCGGCUGGAUCUUCCGCGAGUGCACUGGACCCUAUCUCUUCUUUCACGCCCUCUGGAAUCCAGCCAUCCGGUGGCGGACGCGCGUCUUCAAGUUGGCCUGGGGCGGAGUGGCGCAGGAGUUGCCCCUCGAGAAGGCCAAGUUCGUCACAGCUUAGCAGCAUCCACCCACUCACUCCCGUGCUUGCCCGCUCUCCAUCUACGCACGCCGGUCAGACCAGAGCGAGACGCGUCGGAUCCAAAGCGACGUACCAGUAGACUUAGGCAGAGGCGUUGCAGCAGAGCCGCGAAGGAAGAAUCAAACAGAACUCCGCACUUCUGUUACAUCUACAUUUCUUUACCUACUUUUUAUGUACGUGAAAGUAAAGUUUAAUUUAAAGUAAAUAAUGAGUAAUAUUAAGGUGAGAAUAAAUUCCUUGCGAUUC